AUGGCGGAAUGUCCUAUUGUGGAGACGAGCCGAGAAAACUGGUUUGAAGGGCAUCCGAAAUACUUGGAGAUGAUGGGCUAUGGUUACAACGUGUCUCUAAGACAGGCUAUGCUUGUCUAUUUGGACCUUAUAGAAGUGAAACAUUGGUUUGAUGUAGAGCUGUGUCGUUGUGAUGCGAUUAAAAACGUUUAUAUUGUUGGCAGGCCUCUAAAGAAAUGCCAAAUUGAACUGGUGGUACCAACUAAGGCGUCGAAUGCGUUCACUCACGCAGACAUUCAUACUACAAUAACAGAAGUGUGCCGGGCUUUUAGAAGCUCUGAGCUAGGCAAUAGUGUUGGUGAAACUGAAAUUAAAAGUGUGUACUUUGCAAUCAUAGACAGCAGUUCUACAGUUGUUUAUUAUAAAAUGACUGCUGGACUUGUAUCUCCAGAUGAAGUUGGUGAUGAUGAUGCCGAAGCUGAUUCACUGAUUAGGUGGAAAAAGAACAACAAAAAAAGACAAAAUAAAUCUUAA